AUGCAAUUCACGUUCAGCGUCAUUGGUUACCCAGCAGCUGGUAACACUAUGGGAGUUUCGAUCGGCGGCACGAUCACGAAGCUGGUCGCCAACGAGACCACCGUCCCCGUCUACACUGGCACCGUCCCCGGAAGCACCUCCGCCGUCCAGUACUCCUACGUCGAGGUCAACGCUGCCAAUGUCGCCGUCAAGUCCGAGGCCUUCACCCGCAAGCUCAACCAGACCACCGAUAUCUGGACCGAGAACGAGUUCUUUGAUCGCCCCAUCACCCAUCACGUCAUCCCUCGUCUCCCUUACACUUACCUUGCGACUUAUCCUUCAAAGUCCAAGGCCUUCAAGGAGACCCAGAUUGCUACCCUGCAUUUGACUGGUGACAAGACGGUCAUUGAUGCGUUGAACACCAACCCCGACACUGAAGCUGAAGCCCGUAUCUCGUUCCGGUUUAUUAACGCAAAGACGAUCUACACGCAGACCAACAUUACCUUGAAGACUUCUGGAAAGUCGUCCAAGGAGUUUGCCAAGCAGUCGUACAAGAUCAAAUUUGAUACCGAUUACAACCAGACCUUCUUCUCCCGUCCCAACAUCAAGCUCCGUUCCAUGGCGACCGAGCCUACGUACCUCCGUGAGAAGACGUUUAUCGAUACUUUGAACGCCGUCGGUGUCCCUACUCAACAGGGAUCCUAUGUCCGUCUCUUCAUCAACAAUGAGGCUUAUGGUCUUUACCUCAUGGUCGACGAUAUCAAGAAGUCUUUCGUCAAGCAGACUGUCCACAAUGGCGAUAACCUCGUCAUCCCCGGUUCCUUGAUCCAAGCCAACGCACCCACCCUCACUGAGCAGGCCGACCUCACCUACAAGGGACCCCUCACCGCCGCCUACGGAAAAGAAACCUACACCAUGGUGAACCUUGGAAACAACCCCGUGACCGAACCUCUCUCCCAGCUCAUCUCCUUCAUGAAGGACCUCCAGGAUUUCGAUCCCCUCACCAACACUGACCCCAUCAACUACUGGAACGCCACCCGUCUCGACCUCGACGGAUUCCUCCGCAACAUGGCUCUCGAGUACCUCAUGGGCGGAUUUGACAACUACUGGAUGUCCGGAUCGAACUACUUCAUCUACUUCAACCCCACCCUCGGCACCGCUGGCAAGUGGCAAUGGCUCCCUACCGAUUUCGACGGAACCUUCGGAAACGGUGCAGAGAUCGACCCCAAGGGCUCCUACAAGACCCUCUACAACUUCACUCCCGACCACCCCCUCGUCUCCAAGUUGAUCAUCAAGAGCACCGCCAUCAAUGCCCUCUUCACCACCAUCCUUAAGGAGAUCGUCUCGACCACCUUCAAGCCCGAGGCCAUGAACCCCCACAUCGAGGCCAUCAACAAGAUGAUCUCCCUCGACGCCCAAUGGGACUUAUCCCUCACCCGCAAGUCGCCCGGAAAGAACCCCGGUUUCACCUUUGAUGACUUUAACAACAACUUGGUUAACAUCACCAAGGAGAUGUCUGGAGCCAUCAAGCCCUGGAUUGCCGAUCGCGCUACUUCCAUCUCGACCGAAUUGGCCUUCACCAUCCCUGCCGGAACUGCCGAUCGUGUUGCCCCCCCUCCUCGCAAGGGUGGUAACGGAGAUGAUGAUGAUGAAGAAACUCCCGACGGUGGUAACGCCUCCCACAGCAAUGCUGCCUCGUUGACCGUCUCGGCUAUGGCUGUCGUUGCCAUGGUUGCUUCGUCUUUGAUGCUCUUUGCUUAA